GAUUUCAGUAUGUCGCAUGGACCUUUGGAGGCGCGAUACGCCUAAGCACACACAUUACCGACACGACUACUUCACGAUCCCGUUUUCUCCGACAGGACACAUCACACCGCUUUUAGUUCGGAACAGGCCAUAGGGCCCAGACAGCACGGUUACUGAUUUAGCCCUUAGACGGAGGUAAAGCGGUGCCCCAAGCUGGCUUCCGUCUUUGCGAUACGAACACUGAAAAAGGUUGUCCGACCAAUCGAGGCAGCAAAGCUGCCUACACCUCCCACAUAGCUGCCUGCCAUGGCUUCAACACCUAUGGACCUUGACUAUCAAGAGUCAACCCCAGCUAACGGAACAUCACUCAACAUUACGCGCUCCCUAGCAACCAACAACACCACACAACUCAGCGAGGUCAUUUCCUCGUUUCGCCCGACAAAGCUGUUUAGGAGAGACGAUAUCAAAGAUGGCCGCCCGCAGCCCCAUGUGCUAUCCCUCGACUUCGACGACCCCGGCGAGCUUCUCAUGACCUCCGAAAGCGACGAGACUAUUCAAAUUUACAACGUCAAGGACGGUCGGCAUGACAAGAGUUUACUCAGUAAGAAGUACGGUGUUAAAUUGGCGCGGUUCACACACACUAGCUCCAGCAUCAUCUAUGCGAGUACGAAACAGAACGACCAGAUCCGAUACCUGGCGACGCACGACAAUUCCUUCAUCCGAUACUUUGAAGGCCACGAACGAAGUGUCACGGACAUUGCUGUUCACCCAGGAGCCGACAACUUCAUUUCCUGCAGCCAAGACAAUACUGUGCGCCUUUGGAACAUUUCGACGAAGCAGUGGUGCGGCCAAUUGAACCUUAAUUCUCCAUACCUUGCCGCGUACGACCCCUCAGGUCAGAUCUUUGCAGUGGCUUCUCCAAGCAGUGGUGCCGUCUUGCUCUACGACUGCCGCAACUACGAUAAGGCGCCGUUCGCAACCUUCGAUCUUGUUGAAGUUGGACGACAUGUUGACCCCCAGUUCGUUGUCAGGGGUUGGACGAAGUUGGAAUUCUCAAACGACGGGAAGCACAUCCUCGUAGGUACACGCGGCAGCGGCCACUUCCUACUGGACGCUUUCGACGGAAGCCUAAAGGCAUACCUGCGCAAGCCUGAGGGCGGAUCUCGACGUUUGGCUGCGGGCGAGACGGCCACCGUCAACGUUAACAGGAUGCCAAGGGCAGAGCAGCCGACGGUGGAGAGUAGCGGAGAGUGCUGUUUCUCUGUGGACGGCCGGUACGUCCUGAGCGGUUCUAAGAAGGACGUGCUGGUUUGGGACACAUUGACGGCGCCGCAGAACGACACAAAGACUCUCAACCCAUCCUGGACCUUGGAAGAUAAGCGGGAGGCGGCGGUGAUGGCCUUCAACCCGCGCUAUAACUUCUUUGCGACUGCCGAUCAAGAAGUCCUCUUCUGGGUGCCUGAUCCCCAUGCAUGAAACUGACCAGGGUGAUGGAGAAAGCCUAGGAGCUGGAAAUGGGAGGUGCGAUCUAAUCAAGAAAUGUCAUUCAUUUUCGGAGUCUAGGAUAAAAGAUACCCAAUCCGUGUCAAAAAGUAAAAAUAUGCGUUGAACGAUAAACCAUUAUGAGCUUCGCCGUAAAUGCGU